AUGUCAUCUGCUUCACCUUCAACAACAAGCACCAGAGCUAUCCCAUUCCCAGCCAAGGAUCCACGACAUGACUUGAUGAAUUUUUCGACUUCGUUGGGUGGGUCAAUCUAUGGAACCACUCCAGGUGGUACCAAGAUUAAAUACGAUCGUUCUACUCUGUUGCAAAUCCGUAAUUCACCACUCUCGAAAACACCACCACCUGAAUUGGCUGGUAUCAUAGAGGUACUCAAUAAACCACAGCAUGCACAUCAACAACAACAACAACCAAAAUCACCACAAGUCAAGUCACAGAAGCCACCAACCGCACCAGUACAACCACCACAACAACAACCCGAAUCAACUGCUCAAAAGACCGCAUCGACCGCUAAAACAAACGAAGAGGCUGGUAAGAUUUAG